AUGUCGGACAACGCCUCGCGCUUCACAGCGCAAAACAAAACCACAAACGAGCGACUGUCAACACACACCGUCGGCCUCGUCGCCCUCUCAGACUUCCGCAAGCGGCGCGCCGCAGUUCUCGAGCAGCAAGAGCGCGAAGCCCGCGAGGCCGCGCUCUCAGGCACGUCUAAACCGGACCGCUCGCUGACAGGCACUCCUGACAACGCUGGCAGUGAUUCCGCCGGCAGCGCUGGCCCCGGGCCGCUGAAGAAGAAGCUGAAGAAGAAGAGCAAGCAGAACCCUGGCAAGAAGAAGCUGCUCUCGUUCGGCGACGACGACGAAGGCGAAGACGACACCGAGAAUGCGAGCGGCGCCGCCUCUGAAGCAUCGAGCGACAAGGACCUGAGCGAGAACAAGGCCAAGGCCAAGCUCAAGGCGAAUGCUGCCGUGGGGCUGGUUCCCAAAGCAGUGACCAAAGCGGCGCUUCUCAAGGAGGCUACGGAGCGAGACGCUCUGCGGCGCGAGUUUGUUGCCUUGCAGGAAUCCAUCAAGGACACCGAGAUUGCGAUCCCGUUUGUGUUUUACGAUGGCGCCAACACGCCCGGCGGGACGGUCCGCAUGAAGAAGGGCGACUUUAUAUGGGUGUUUCUGGACAAGAGCCGCAAGGUGGGCGCGGAGCUUGGCGUUGGAGAACAGGCAAAUGCAACAAGAGCUUGGGCAAGAGUUGGAGUGGACGAUUUGAUGCUGGUGCGAGGGACGGUGAUUAUUCCUCAUCAUUACGACUUUUAUUAUUUCGUCGUCAACAGGAGUACCGGUCCCCGAGGCCUUCGCAUCUUUGACUACAGCGCCGAAGCACCGAAUGCGAGAGCCUCGACUUCAACUUUGACUGAUCCAGACUCGGAUCCCUCGGCCGGCGUCUUGACGACUGCGGCGGCCAAGGCGGCAGCUGCUAGGGCGCGACAAGCAGACAUUUCCACGCUGGAAGGUUUUGGUGAAGAUCCGACGUUGACAAAGGUGGUGGAUCGUAGGUGGUAUGAGCGGCACAAGCACAUAUAUCCGGCCAGCACGUGGCAAGAGUUUGACCCCGAGGUGGAUUAUUCGUCGCAGAUCCGGAAGGAUACUGGCGGUAACACAUUCUUCUUCUCGAAAUGA